GUAUUUUCAAAUUAGGAUAAACUCGCGUAUCACCUCGCAAGGUUUUCUUCUAAAUUUGUACCGGAAAUCUUUGUGAAAACUCGAAAUAGACGGGGGUGCAACCCUCAUCUUUAAUGCUCUGGAAAUGAUGUUUUUCCGUCGAGUUUCGUCUAAAACACUUAGGCCUCUACAAAGAAGUAGGUUAUUUGGAAGCAAUAGCGGUUAUGAUUUUUCAAAAGCUAUUCAAGAGCUCAAUAAGGAAAUGGAAUCUGUGUUUGGUGAACCUCCAAAAUCUAGUCUUGCUGGUUCUAUAGACAACCAAAGUAUGGCUCAUGAUUCAGAAUCUGCACCAACUCAUGUGACACAAAGUAUAUCAUCCUCUGGCUUGACUCAUACUGACAGUAGAGGUGAAGCCCAAAUGGUAGAUAUCUCUCCCAAAGAGAUAACAAAGAGAGUGGCCAUUGCAAGUUGCAAAGUUAUUCUGGGGCAGAAGGUGUUUGAUUUGGUCUCAGCCAACCAGGUGGAAAAAGGAGAUGUUCUUGGUGUAGCAAAAAUUGCUGGAAUUUGUGGUGCGAAACAAACGAGCAACCUCAUCCCACUAUGUCACAACAUCAAUUUGUCACACGUUGCUUUAAAUUUGACACUGAGUCCUCAGGACCUUUGCGUGGAAAUAGAAAGUGAAGCUGCUUCAAAUGGCAAAACUGGGGUGGAGAUGGAAGCCUUGACAGCUGUGACUAUUGCUGGUCUAACAGUAUAUGAUAUGUGCAAGGCUGCUUCAAAAGAUAUCCUCAUUACAGAUAUACGGCUUGAAAGCAAAAGUGGUGGGAAAAGUGGGGAUUGGUCGAGGAAGAAAUGAAUUUCCAUAGGUGGGAACUUUUGUUGUCUAAAUAUUAGAUGCAUUUCCGUGUUUAUGUGCAUUGUUCCGGCUAAGAACUAUUCAUGUUACGAUACUCUGUGUUUGUUGUCUUGGUGUCAUAUCUGUUUGGCUUUUCAGACGAUGUACUGGUUAAAUGAAUGUCUGAAUCAGACGUAUAUCUCUUAUGGGGUUAUGGAUUUGCCAUUUGUAUAAUCUACUUCGAAUUUAUUGGCAAUGAAGCAACAUCAGGUUUUGUAGUU